AUGACAAGGACAGGUGAAAAUGGGAAAGAUCGACGAAGGUCUCGCAGCAAAUCGGCUUCGCCUGACCGUAAGAAGAAACGGUCGGCGGGUCACGAUCGCAGCAAAUCGGGAAAUUCACGAUCAACGGCCAACAAUGGCAGCGUUGUGGUGGUACCAUCCGUUUCGUCCUCGAGCAGCAACAGCAGCAGUGGACGGCGUGAGCGUCACCGGGAGGACUACCGAGAUCGCGAACGGGAACUGUGGGAACGUGAGAAGGAGCGCGAAAAGGAACGAGAAAAACAACGUGAACAAGAGCGUGAACGAGAGCUGGAGAAGGAACGCGAAAGGGAAGCGGCCCGCAAGCGAGAACGGGAGAAGGAACGAGAAAAACUUCGGGAGCAGGCCACCAAGUA